AUGGUGUAUUUGAGUGAAUGGCUUGAUGAAGCUAUCACAAAGGGCAUUCUUGUAAAUGUUGCACCCAACCAAUUAAAAAAUGAAGUAGAUAUUGGUAGGGGUGGAUAUUCAAAAGUAACCAAAUGUAUAUUGAAUUCAGAAGGAAAAUGGGUCGCAUGUAAACGAAUGACAAAUGUCCGAGAUGAUGAUGAUAAUUCACGACGUACUUUUAUUCGUGAGUUGAAAUUGCAGAAUAAGCUACGAAAUUCCGAAUAUGUAAUCCAAUUACUUGGGGUAUCUCAAGAUCCAACAACAAAUACAUAUCGACUUGUAUUUGACUUUGCCGAUGGUGGAACUCUUAGAAAUUUUCUGUGUUUAAAGAAAAAAGAAUUAAAUUGGUUUGAUAAAAUUAAACUCUCAACUGAGGUUGCUAAUGGACUAUUAGCUCUACACAAUACAAAAAUUGUUCAUCUAGGCCUAGUUGUGUUAGAAACUCUUAAAGAUCUAUCCGAUGAAGAUAUAGUCAUGGGCGAAGUAAACG